GUAAUGUCCUUGAAUGAUUAAAGAUGCUUGGGUUGGUCAAGAUGAUUUGAGACACAAACUCGUGCACAAACACUUACCUAGGAGAACCUGGAGUGAUGGUGUAGACCUUCGUGAAAAGCUCUCACGGACGGUUCAUGUCCAUCAAGAAUUGAUGCACGACAACGCAUGCCUAAACCUCAUAAGAGACAAUACUUGGAUGACUGUGAAGAUCCCUGUUUCUGUGCAACAGAGCUGGAUCUCAUAUUUCAUGUACUUUUUAAAAAGUGAUGAUAAAAAAUCUGGAGCAAGUGGUGACGAUGGUUUUGAACUCGUUUCAAGAUCCCCACCCUCGUGUGCUGGGCUGCUAUUAAUGCAAAUGGGCAAUUGUCUACAGAUUUGGGGCCAGACCUUCAAGUUCAGUAUCAUCAACGGGUGCUGCAUGCAUUAGCCUCAGCUAUGGAUGAUUUCCAAAAUCCUCGAGUACAGGUAAGUGGGUUCUGACAUUGUGGUUCAUACUUGAUAGAACAUUGUCUGGUCAUCAUCUAUUUCUUGUUUAGUUGCAUUGAAAACUAUAUCAACCAAGGAUGUGUCGAAAGUGCAGAUUGGAUGCCAUUGGCUGAUGUGGGAUUGAUAUAGGUUUAAGAUGCCCAAUGAUUGUCACUUAAUUCCAAUGAUCUAGGGAAGGGCCCACUUCGAUGUCCAACACAAUAUGAAGUGUUUGUAAAACAUCCAAUGAAAUCAGUGUUUAAAAUAA